AUGUCUUUAAUGAGGCACUAAGGAAUAUUGUUCUUUGGGAUGGGCAACAUUUUACAUAGACUAUUAAAGAUUUAAUUGUGGGUUUUCGGAAAUAAAGAUUGUAGUGUAGAUAAUAAUGAUUUUAUAAAUGAUUGCUAUUAUGGAAGAAGUUAAUGUAUAGAUUCUUAUUAUGGAACCAAUUGUGAUAAGGUUAUGUGUCCAGGGUCUAUUUGCUUUUAUGAUGAGAUUGUGUUAAUGGUAAAUGUGAUUGUUAUACAAAAGAAAUCUUAGAUUUUACUAUUAAAUAUGUUUCUGAAGAUUGCUCAAUUGUUGAUUGUUAUUAAAAUUGUAAUAAUUCUGGUAUUUGUAAUAGAUAUUAUCCCGAAAGUUAAUGUUUUUGUGAUUAAAGUAAAAAAAAAGGUUUGGAUUAUUGUUAGUUUACUUUUUGUUUAAAUGAUUGUUCUAAUAAUG